ACCUACUGUGUUUAAAGACACAGUGUUAAACCAUGUUUUCUCACAAAAUACAAGUUUGGUUAAAACUAAUGUUCUUCAGACUUUACUGACUGCUAACACUACAACUGGAUCAGCAGCUGCGCAGUCCCACCAUGGUGGAACAACAGCAAAUCCAGAAGAGAACUUUCACUAACUGGGUCAAUGCUCAACUGGCAAAGCGGAGGCCACCAUCUAUGAUAGUAGAUCUGUUCACUGAUUUUCGGGAUGGUUCCAAGCUGUUGGACCUGCUAGAGGUGAUGAGUGGUCAGAGCAUCAAUCGAGACAAAGGCAGAGGAAUGUUUCAAAACAGGAGCAACAUUGAGAAAGCACUUUCUUUCCUGAAAAAAAAAUCGAUCAAACUGGUCAACAUAAACAUUCCUGAUAUUAUUGAUGGUAAACCCUCCAUCAUCCUGGGACUCAUAUGGACGAUCAUUCUUCAGUAUCAUAUUGAAGAGUUGGCCAGCUGCCUCUCAUUUGAUUCCCGUCAGUCCUCCAUGGAGUCGUUGGCUAGUUUGGACACCCGGUCCACGCUCUCAAGCCGCUCAGCCAGCAGCAGCCCUGUUCCUCCAAAAGGCUCACCUCUACACAGCCGCUUUCGAGUGUCCGCUAAGAAAGCCCUGUUGCUCUGGGUCCGGGAGCAGUGCCACAGAGCUGGCUGUUCAAUAAGCAUAAAGGACUUCAAAGUGAGCUGGAGGAGUGGUGUUGUCUUUCUUGCAAUCCUAAAUUCUCUAAGACCCAACCUGGUAGAUCUAUCCAAAGCCAGAACCAGAAGCAAUAAACAAAACCUUGAGGAGGCCUUCCACAUUGCAGAGACGGAGCUGAGUAUUCCAAGACUUCUGGAUCCCGAUGUGGAAAGACCUCUGGCUAAUGUUGACCUUGCCAAAGCCUUGUGUUCUGGUAACAAGCAUGGGUACAACCUCAUCCCUUAG